AUGACCAUCGAAGCUUGGGAGAAGGUUGCGGCCGACAAGGUCGCCGCACGCGAGGCGCUCAUUCCCGCUGAGUGGCGUAUCACUGUUCCCAAGGGGCUCAACGUCAUCGAUGUUCCUCGCACCUGCGGCCUCCUCAGCCCUGCCGAGCUCAAGAUCACCGAGACUCCUGCCGUUGAGCUCAUCGCCCAGAUGACCAAGGGUGCACUCACCAGUGUCGAAGUCACCACUGCAUUUAGCAAGCGCUCGGCCAUUGCCCACCAGCUCACCAACUGUCUCACUGAGAUCUUUUAUACCGAAGCUCUCAAGGCUGCCGCCGAGAUCGAUGCCGAGUUUACCAAGACCGGCAAGUCGGCUGGCGCCCUUCACGGUCUCCCCAUCUCGCUCAAGGAUAAUGUCAACGUUUCUGGCCUUGACUCGACCACUGGCUUCAUCAGCUACGCCAACAAGCCUGCAACGGACGCUGAGGAGGCCGACUUGGUUCACACUAUCAAGAACGCGGGUGGAAUCCUGUUCUGCAAGACAAACGUCCCUACUGGUAUGCUCAUGGCCGAGACCUACAACAACGUCUGGGGCUACACGUCCAACCCUUACAACACCGAGUACGGCUGCGGAGGCUCCUCGGGUGGUGAGGGUUCGCUCCUCGCUCAGCGUGGUUCGCCGCUUGGCGUCGGGACAGACAUUGGCGGCUCCGUCCGCAUGCCUGCGGCGUCCAACGGCAUCUUUGGGCUCAAGCCUGCUGGUGGCCGUCUGUCGUCCCUCGGCCUGCGGGCCGGCUUGCCUGGCCAGGAGGCGAUAAAGUCGGUAUCUGGCCCAAUGAGCCAGGACCUCUCUGCCCUGGAGCUCUACUGCAAGACCAUCCUGGAUGCUGCCCCUUGGGAGCGUGACCCCAACGUCUUCAACAUUCCCUGGCGCGAGAUCACCCUUCCUGAGAAGCUCUGCUUUGGUAUUCUGAUGGACGACGGCAUUGUCAAGCCUACACCCGCUGUCACUCGCGUGCUUUUGGAGACCAAGGCCGCUCUCGAGGCACAGGGCCACACUGUCAUCGAGUGGACGCCUUACGAUGCUCCUGCUGGUAACCAGCUCCUCAUGCGUUUCCUGAUGGGUGACGGCGGCUUCAAAAUGCGCGCUCAGGUUCGCGAGGGGGACAUUCCAGAGCCCUGGCCCCAAGCUCUCGAGCCGUUUGAGCAGCUGUACGCCAUGUUCAAGGACAAGCCGCCCACCGUCGGCGGACUCUGGGACCUCCAGAUCCAGCGCGUCACCUACCUCCGCAAGCUGCUGGAGGGUUGGUACGCGACCAAGGACCUUAGCGGGACCGGUCGCCCCAUGGACGGUGUCAUCUCGCCCGUCACUGCCUUCCCGUCGUGCCCACGCCACACCUUCAAGCAUGCCGGUUAUACUGCGCUCUGGAACCUUGCCGACCAGACCGCAUGCACCUUCCCUGCUGGCUUUGCCAACAAGAAUGAUGUCAAGCCCGACGAGCAAGAGUUCCGCAACGCCGAGGAAAAGGACAUCUGGGAGCAGUACGACGCCGAUCGGGUGGACGGCAUGCCUGUUGGUCUCCAGGUGAUCGUUACCCGCCAUCAAGAGGAGCUGUCGCUCAAGCUUGCAGGUGUGGCUUUUGAGGCUCUCAAGGAAUACCGCAAAUAG